UAAUUUUUAAUUUUGCUUGAUAAAUGUGCAUCGAGACAAAGAUUUAUUUAUUUUGGAGCGGAGGGAGUGGUUUCUAUCUUAAAUACCAUCCUAAAAAUCUCAAUUUUUUGUACUUCUCUUGUAACAAAGUGUAUAUGUAGAGGUUUGAGAUAUAUACAAAGAGAGAGAGAUGGCUUCCCAGCUCUCAUUUUCCACACCUUCUGCUCUAUGGGGCUCUUACUCAAACUCCAAAUCUUCUUUAUGUCACUUGAAUUUGAAGAAGAGGGUAGGGUCUCACGUGAGCUGCAGCUCAGAGGACGAGAGUUGUACUUCAGCUAAUCCUGAGCACUCACAGGAACCCGUGGAGGAAAAGGGAUCUCAAGCGUCAGUCUCACGAAGAUGGUGUGUGACUUGCCUAUGCUCAAGUGCAGCUCUAAUAACUGCUUCUGGAAAUCCGAUUUCUGAACCAAAAGCAAUUGCCUUAGAUGGAAAUGAAAUAGCUGGUUGUCGGAAUUGUGGGGGUAGUGGCGCUAUAAUUUGUGAUAUGUGUGGUGGUACAGGAAAAUGGAAAGCUCUAAACAGAAAACGAGCUAAAGACGUUUACGAGUUCACUGAAUGCCCCAAUUGUUAUGGACGAGGGAAACUAGUAUGUCCUAUAUGCCUGGGAACUGGUCUAGCUAAUAAUAAAGGUCUUCUUAGGCGGCCAGAUGCAAGGAAGUUACUUGACAAGAUGUACAAUGGACGACUCUUGCCAAACUCAUAGGUUAAUUAAUUGACCUAUGUGAUGUUCAUCAGGUGGAAAUAGACUACAGUAGAACUAUGGAUGUCACCACUCUCGUGACAACACUAGUGCGUACAUGUAAGACCUCUUGACGAACUCUUGUUCUAACUACCAACACAUCUUGAUACUGGAGUAGUAUUCUCGGACAAUGAUUAGCUCCUCGGGCUCCUCCCUUUCAUCGCCUUGUUAUCCGUAUAUUAUGGAGUUAACACAGCAGCUAUUUUGGAACUUGAGGAUGUUGUGAGGAGUUCAUAUCUCGUAGUAAUAGAGAAUGAAAGAAGAGAAACCAGAAGCUUAAGUGUACUGUUAUACGAAAUUGUACACUUAACUUGUUCUGAAACAUUGUCACUUCUUUUUCUUGUAAACUUUCAGUGUUUUAUACCAUCUAUAUUUUUUAAAAA